CAAUUGAAGUGAUUAAAGACUAUUUAAACGUACUUCAUGAUACGGUAUUAUACCUUCAUCGAAUUCAAAAACAAUUAUUGAAGCGUCAAAAUUUUCAUAACAACAGUUAUUGAAAAGAAAAUCAGUGUCUAUUUAAUUUCAACCGUAGAACAAGUCGCACUACAAAUUAUGUGAAUACAAUUUUUAACUACACAAUGAUAUUAUACAGGGUGAUUGUUUAACAAUGCCUUAUGUAAUUGCUUUAAAAAAUGAUAUCAUUAAAACUAGCCAAGUUUGGUUUUAUAUUAUUAUUUGUGAUUUUGUAUACAAAAGCAUAUUCAAUUAUAAAAGAAAAAAUGGAACAGUUUAAUGAGUUAUUACAGUAUUCAGGAUGGAGAAAUUUAAAUGAAUUAAUUUAUAUAAAAUAUAUCAAUAGAACAUAUUAUCUUCAAAAUUUGAUUGAAAUAACCACAAAUACCAAUAAAUGUAAGCAAAAAAUACGAUGUUUGACUAUAUAUCUUGGAUGCACAUACGCAAUUAUUAUGAAUACUCUUUUUCUAAUUAAUAAUAAAUUAAUAAAAAUUUGUAAAUAUAAACUUGAAGAAGAGAAAGAUUUAAUUAAUGGGUGUAUUUGCACAGAAGAACUCAUAAAAAUAGUAUCCUUAUUUAUUGUUCCACUAGCAAUAUUGUUCAAAGGAGCUAUGGAUGCUUUGGAUUUACUACAUAUCCAUCCUUGGGCAUAUAAUAAAUCUCCCUACAUGAUAAGUCCUCGAUUAGGGAAAAUUGAAAAUAUUCUUAACGAUUUAAACGAAAUUAUUUUAUCUCAUGAUGAUAUUUCCACAUACAUUUGGACAUUAAAUACUGUAGAUAAUUUUUUUGACGACAUAAUGAAACAUCAAAAUUAUGAUGUUGAUGAAUAUUGUGAAUUUAUAACUUAUGAUAAGAAUUAUUUAUGGAAAAAAUGGAAUCAGGAGUACAAAACCAGUAUUGGUCAUGACAUUAAUUUAGUAUUUUUCAAAUUCCUAACCAAAAAAAUUGAAGAUUAUAUCCACACAAUAAUUAUACAAAAGUAUUCUCAACUCGGAUUUAAAUUUGAUCCGAUCACCCAAGAAACAUUUAUACCAAAAUCAGAUGACUUAAUUGAGCCAGAAUUGGAAUUUAAAAUAACAGAUGAAUAGCUGACAAAUGCUAUAACUUUUUGAAAAAUAUAUGGAUCAAUACAAUUUUUUUAUGAUAAAUACUAUUUAUAUACCUCUUUAAUUUGACAUAUUUUUUUUUUAAAUAAAACCAUUUAUAUAUAUAUAUAUACAGAGUAGAGCGGAUCUAACUGACAAUUCAUAUAACAUAUAAUCUACAUAACAUUUUAUACUUUUUUUUAAUAUUUUAAGAUAGCCAUUUUAUAGAUAAGUUUAAAAAAAAAAAAUUGAUAACAAAAACUCUUAUUCAUUAGUUAUGUUUAUACAGCAUUUUGAAAUUUUGUAAAAUUUUGAUUUUUUUAUACAAUUUUCCUAUUGUAUCAAAUGUUAGUCCAUAUUAUGUAAAGUACAGAAGUAAACACUUAUUACAUUAUUUACUGGUAACUGUAUGCGAUUUCUUUUCCAUGGAUAAUAAUAACGUUUAACGCACAUUAUACAGAAAUGAUUAUCUCUAAUCUUUAUUACAAAAGUUAGAAAUAUUAUCGUAUGUCGACUACGAGUGUUCCAUGGUUAGCCAAGUUAAAAUUAAUAACAAUUAUUAAUUUGCGUGAUUCUAUCAUUGUAAUCAUAUUAUUAUAGUAUAUUCCUUGUUAGGAGAUUUGAUAAUAAAUGCACUUAUUCACUAUUAUUCACGUUUCAGUUUAAGAUGUAUGAACUUAUUUAAUUGAAAAUUCAAUAUGUUUUAGACUAUGAUUCUAUCAUUUUUUUUAAUAAUCUGAAUUAUACUACUAAUUGUUUUUUCAUGUCAAUUACAAAUGCUUAUUCAAAUGUUAAUAAUUUUCAUGGAAAAGAAAUCGCGUACUGUUACCAGUAAAUAAUGUAAUAAGUGUUUACUUCUGUACUUUACAUAAUAUGGACUGGCAUUUGAUACCAUAGGAAAAUUGUAAAAAAAUUCAAAAUUUAACAAACUUCAAAAUGUUGUAUAAACGUAACUACUGAAUUAAAAAAAUAAGAGUUUUUAGUAUCAAAAUUUUUCUUUAAAACUUAUCUAUAAAAUGCCUAUCUUAAAAUCUUAAAAAAAAUUUUAAUAAAAAAUCAAUUUUUAAAAUAUUUUUUGUAAUUGCGAAAAAUAACAUAAUACAUAUUUUAAAUAUAGUUGUAUAUUGUAAAAAUUGAUUAAAAAAAAAAAAGUAAAAAAUGUUAUGUAGAUCAUAAGUUAUAUGAGUUGUCAGUUAGUUCCGUUCCACUCUGUAUAUGUAUAUAUAUACUUAUAUAUUACACUUAGAAAUCAUAAAACUUGUAAUCAGGAUAUAAAUAAGAAAAUAGGAAAUCAUUUAACUUUUGGAAUAAUUCACCAAUUUUUUAAAAUUAAACUCAUCUAUACUUGACCCAACUAUGCCACGUCCCCACUGUGCUGGGUUUUUUUUUUUUUAUUAAAAUUACAUGUAUAAUGUACUUAUUAUUUAAUUUAUAUACUUGAGAAAAUUAAUAUUAAAAAUUAAUAAAUCCAGAUAUUAAAAAAA